GGAGCCGCCGAUAACGACAGUAACGAUGAGUUUGCCUAGUGGUGUGGAUAUGACCGCUGCUCUCAUGUCUCAGCAUCCCGCCGUACUCGGAGGCCUGUCGCCCGCGUUUUUCCUGCAGCGAGCGUCCGAACGCUAUCAACGUACACCGAAAUGUGCCCGAUGUCGUAAUCACGGAGUUGUUUCUGCUUUAAAGGGACAUAAACGUUACUGCCGCUGGAGAGACUGUGCCUGUGCCAAAUGCACACUUAUCGCUGAAAGACAAAGAGUGAUGGCAGCUCAAGUAGCUUUAAGACGUCAACAGGCUCAAGAAGAGAACGAAGCGAGAGAAUUGGGUCUGAUAUACCCGCCGCCUUCGUCUUCGACAGCUACUGGUAGAACAAGUCCAGAUGAAAAAAGAGCGCGUCUUAGUUCUGAUGAUUCUGUCACGGCUAAAUUGGAUCAAACUAUGGCAUGUCAACAAGAUCAGAAUACCAGAAGUCGCUCUUCUAGUGUAUCUCCAAAUGCCCCUAUUCAAGUGACUUCCACACAGUUUGCGGCCAAGUUCAGUAGUCCAUCCAGAUCAGAUGCUGAAAGCAAUGAUAGCAGUAACGAAGCAGCACCAGAAAACCUAUCAUUACCUAAACGAAGAGAUUCGAACUCACCAAUUGAUACACAAUCCAAGUCCAGAUUGGCUACAAGCUUUGCCAGUUUUCCCAACUUUUUGGAUAAUGGUUCUUCCCAAAAUCCUAACAAUACCUCAACGGUGACCGCAGCUGCUGUAGCUGCUGCUGGACGCUCAGCCGUUGACGUUCUGAGACGAGUUUUCCCUUACAAGAGACGGACAGACAUUGAGACUAUGCUACAAAGAUGCAAUGGAGAUGUAUUACAGGCAAUUGAAUUAAUGAUGUGCACUUCUGACCAAUUGUCAAUACCACAUCCGUCACUUAUGGAUUCCCAUUCAGCAUUUUCGCCUAUGUCUGCAGCCGCAGCCACAGUAUGCACCGCUGCCGCGGCAAUGACAUCCUUUCACCACCAACAAAGUCCACGGUUUUUGACUGCACCCAUUCAUCAUUACCUUCAGCCUCAACUGCAUCAUUUAACUACUGUACAUCCUCAUGCAAUGGCUUACCAAUCUCAUCACAUGAACAGCGCUCACGCUCAAUCACCUAGGUCACUCUCGCCCAGUUCAGAUAAAACUUCGUAUUCAGACUGAACAAUUUUCAAUGCUGAUAUGAAGCUGAGAAAUUUUAUAAAUACAUGUAAAUAUAAAAUCAAAUUUUAACUUAAUAAUCAAUUCUCUAUACAUUCUAUGCGUAAAUGGAUUUGAGUAAUUUACCUAAAUAUAUUUGUAUAUAUUAUAUUAAUAGUUAAUAAGCAUUUAAAAAUUAUUAAAUUAUCAUAUUGGAUGUCAACGAAAAAUCAUCAUAUUUCUAGAAAAUUUGUCUUGAAUAACUAUUGUUAAUACCUUUGGCCGUAUUUAUUUUAAAAUGUUACAAUUAUUUCUCAUUGUAUACCUAUUGUAUUAUGUAGUUUGAUUAUUAAAAAUAAUAAUAUGAUUUUGUAAAUUCA